UGUAGACACCUGAGUUUCGUUUGUCAAUAUUUUUGUUUAAGCAAAUUCUGUUCACUAUUACUUUUUUUAAGUGUAAUUGGCUUUUAAUAAAAAAUAUAUACCUAAAGCCAAAAUUCAGAGUCAACUAGAGGACUCCCAAAAGCAAGGUCUAAGGCGUGAGGCAGUUGACCGAGGGAUGAAUGCCCGGCUGAUCCUGAAGCAGCUUCCGAACCUCCUAAUCUUUCGCAUCCUGCACUAUUCCCAGAUCUCCCAGCAACUGCGGGACGAACUGGUAGUCUCUGCAGGAUCCUUUAGAUUGAAGGGAAGUGGUAGCAAGGCUCUGGAGUGGCAGCCCUUCGUCCUGUGGCUGGCCAACCUCUUGCUGAACUACGCAGGCGAUAUCCUUGGAAACCUGCUGCUGGGUAGUCUACCCUUGGAACCACUCUGCAAUACCGCAGAUAUACUGCUCUGUUCCUUUAUCUGUAGGUACUGCAUAUUUUACUUUCCCUUUGACCUGGCACACGCCCUGGCCAGCACAAUGGCCUUUCGCGUCCUAACCACCGCCAUGUCGACAAUCAGCCAAGUUCAGCUGAUUGACCGAGGAGUUCAUUUGGCGGGACAGGUUUACGGAAAUGCACCAGUUCCCAUGCUUAUAGUGGGCACUGUCAUGGGCAGUGGAGCUGAGGUGCUGAAGCCGGUGGCGAGUCUUUUAAUCAAUAGAUGUCAGCACAACCAGAUGGCGUACCUCAAGCUAACCAACAACUCGAAACUGGCACUGGUCCUAUCACUCCUCUUCACGCUCGAGAUCUUCCAAAGUCCCCUAAUUCUGGGCCUCAACCGCCAUCAACUGAUAGUCUACACGCUGGUGAUGACCACUGCCUUUAAGUUCCUGUCGCUGACCUUUCGAACGGACCAUUUUAUUUGGCUUAUGGAGCACCAGAUACGAUACACCUUUUUUGGCGGUCUCUCGAGGGAUUUGAGCAAGUUCUUUCAACGCCUGCCGGAGCCCAAAAGCCGGCGAAAGUGGGCGUUCUCGGAACUGGAUUGAAACCCUCGGGGGGAUUGCGCAAUCGUAUUCCCUCCCACAUUCCCUCCAGAAGGGGCUAGGGGUGGGUAAAGCGGCUUAAGUUACCGCCCGUCCAGCCAAGCGAUUGGAGAACUGCAGCAGAUGUCUCGCUUGAUCGGGUUACGUAUGCUAAUCAGCUUAGAAGCGCCCACGGGUGGACGGAGCGACGGAGCCGAGGAGGAAGUGCUGGGUUGCCGGAUGCUCAAGUGUGCUCGUCCAGCUGUACCGAGAAAUUUCUGUUUGAGAAUAAAUUACCACACUUAAA